AUGCGCAACGAAGACUUUAAACAGUCGAUGGCCCGCGAAUGCGCUGACAGCGGGAUUCGCUGGCACUUUAACCCUCCGAAGGGUUCUCACUUUGGCGGCCUUUGGGAGGCAGCCAUAAAUUCCGCGCAGAAACAUUUCAUCCGUGUUCUGGGUGACACGAAGCUCGCAUUUGACGAUAUGGAGACCCUUUUAACACAGAUCGAAUGCUGCCUCAAUUCACGUCCCCUUACGAAGCUUCAUGAGGACCCAUCGGAUUUGCAAGCUCUCACUCCAGGGCAUUUUUUAGUCGGAGCGGCACUCAAAUCUGUUCCUGACACCGAUUACGAAUCAAUCCCUUUCAACAGGCUGCACCAAUGGCAGCAAACCCAGAAGAUAUUCCAAGACAUCUGGAAGCGAUGGCACGUCGAGUACCUUGCAUCCCUUCAACCACGUACAAAAUGGUACAAACCACCUGUGAAUCUGCAGCCUGAUACGCUUGUCAUCAUUCUGGACGAAAAUCUUUCACCAAUGCGCUGGCCAAUGGCGCGUAUCCGCGAUGUGCAUCCUGGGAAUGACGGAGUGAUUCGAGUUGUUACACUUCAGACAGCAAACGGAAUCAUCACCCGUCCCGCAGCGAAGGUUUGCAUUCUUCCGAUAGAGUCGGCGGAAUGUGCGCCAACGAACACAACAAACGCAACGCAACAGUGA